UACAACCUCAACAUCAACCAUUUCCCCAUCUCCCUCCACUACAUCUACUACUGAAACACCUACUACUACUACAACCACUACAACAACCAUAACAACUACAACAACUGAGUCUACAACUGCCACAGAAUCUACCACUACAACUGAAACACCAACUACAACCCCAACAACUACAACCACACCCACAUCAACUGAGUCUCCAACUACUUCAACUUCAACCACAGAAUCCACAACUCACUCAACUGAAUAUACAACUAAAACAACCACUACAACAACCACAACUACAGGAUCAACAACUGCAUCAGAAUCUACCACUAUAUCUGCAACAACAACUACCACACCAACUACUUCAACUACAACUACUACCACCACCUCAACUGAAUCAACACCAUCUAGCACUAGUACUGAAACACCAACUCCUACACCUCAUGUAACAAACUGUCCCAAAUGGGAUAAAUUGCAAAAUGAGACCUUUCAGUAUUGCAACUGCACCAUGGCCAAAUGUAUCGGAAACAAUACUGUUCAAAUAGUUCCCUAUGAGUGUCCACCCUUGAAAAACAUAACUUGUGCCAAUGGAAAAACUCCUGUUCUCGUUUACGAUGAAUAUCACUGCUGCCAACAUUAUGAAUGUGACUGUGAAUGCGAAGGCUGGGGAGAUCCUCACUAUAUUACAUUUGAUGGGCUAUACUACAGUUACCAAGGACAGUGUUCCUAUUAUUUGAUGAGAGAAAUCAUCCCCAAGCAUGGCUUGGAAAUAUAUAUUGACAAUGUCCAUUGUGAUCCAACUGAAGACGUUUCCUGUCCUCGAUCCUUAACUGUAAAUUAUGGAGGACAAAAUAUCAAACUGAUCAAUUUUAAUCUCAACGGACGACCAGAUUUGAAGGCAUUUAGAAACGAAGUAAGUCUAAGGCUACCUUAUUGGGAACAAGGUGUUAAGGUGAUGAGUACUGGGAUCAACAUAGUUUUAGAGAUCAUUCGUCUAAGAGUGGUUGUUAAAUUUGGAAGAACUGGCUUUAGUGUCAACCUUCCAUAUCAAUACUUUGGGCAAAACACACAAGGUCAUUGCGGAACUUGCUCCAACAACCAGACGGAUGACUGCAGGUUGCCGGGAGGCAAAGAAGUGGAUUGUGCUGUAAUGGCUGAUUACUGGCUUUUGGAGAAUGACAAGGAAAAACCUGAGUGCAUAAGGACACCUGCCAAAGUAGAAACUAUUCAACAAACUCCAUGCGAUUCAAAUUCCAUAUGUGAUCUCCUUAAAAGCAGUCUCUUCGCUGAAUGCCAUCAACGGAUCCGUCCAGACAAUUUUUACACGGGAUGUAUUUUUGAUAGUUGCAAUGUUCACAACCGCUCAGUAGAGUGCACAAGUUUGGAAAUUUAUGCCGCUGCCUGCGCUGAGAUUGGCAUUUGCAUUCACUGGAGAAACCACACUGAAUUAUGCGCCAGCGACUGCCCAUCAGACAAAAUUUAUAGACCUUGUGGACCUGCAGAUCAACCAUCUUGUAAUGACAACCCUAAUGAUCCAAUCUUGAACUUCACUACGGAGGGCUGCUUUUGUCCAGAGGGAAUGAAACUGUUCAGCAGAGAAUCGCAAAUCUGUGUUAAAAGUUGUGGAUGCCUUGAUCCUGAUGGGACACCCCGUGAGUUCAAUGAGACAUUUGAAUACAAAUGUCAAAACUGUGUCUGUGAUGAGUCCACCAAGACUGUGAUCUGCAAGCCUAAGCCGUGCCCAACACCAGCUGAACAACAGUGCUCUGGUCCAGGAUACGUUCUAGUCAAUCAAACUGAUCCAUCCGAUCCCUGCUGUACUCUCCACGUUUGUCAAUGUGAAAGCCGUGCGUGUCCAGAGAUCAACAUGAACUGUCAGGUUGGUUUUAGGUCAAACAUCCGCGUUCCUGAGGGAAAAUGCUGUCCAGAAAAUAGAUGUGAGCGCAAACAAGUCUGUGUCCAAAAUCAAACUGAAUACAGGCCUGGUUCCUCAGUUCCUGGCAAAAAAUGUGAGAACUGCAUCUGUUCCGCUGCAAACAUUUCAUCUGGAGAUCUGGUGAAAAUAGAGUGUCGACCUCAAAAGUGUGAUGAAACAUGCGGAGAGGGAUUUGAAUAUGUGAAAACCAAUCCAGAUGAAUGCUGUGGGACGUGUGUGCAAACACACUGUGUGAUCAGUGUUAAUGGUACUACCAUGCAACUCAAGGUUGACGAAACCUGGUCACCUCCUGAAAAUAAGUGUGAGAGUAAAACCUGCGUGAAGAGCGGAGAGUCUUUUACAGUCAUCCGCUCUAAAAUCGUUUGCCCGUUCUUCCAAGAGAGCAACUGCAAAAAGGACACAAUUCAGACUGCAGCAAACGGCUGCUGUAAAAUCUGUGUAGAGAAAGAGAAAGCCUGCAGGUUGGAGGCUGUGAAAACUUCUAUUAACCACAAUGGCUGUCAAGCAGAGGUCGAUAUGCCGUACUGCGAAGGAUCGUGCAACACUUUCAGCAAGUACUCUGAAGCAGCAGGUGCUAUGGAACAUUCCUGCUCCUGUUGUAAAGAGAGACGCCUCAACAAUCGCACCAUCGAUCUGGCGUGUGAAAAUGGCGGGCACGUCCAGUUCACCUAUGAGCACAUAGAGGAGUGCGGCUGCGGCCACACAGAGUGCACCACGCCUGCUGGACAUCUUCGAAGAAAGCGGCGCUUCACACUGCAGUGAAAACCUUUACUCACAAAUGUGAGAUAUAUAUAUAACCAGAUUCCUUUAAAUAAUUACAAAGUCUCCUAAAAAGUAUAACAAACUUUCUGGAGUGCAUUUAUCAGUUGAUUCAAUAAA